UUAGCCCCUCAGACUCAGAGAAAUGGCUUAUGCUGCUCUUUCUUCACUUAUGCAUACGUUGCAGCAACUCCUGCAGUCUAAAUCACCUUUAAUUUGUGGACGCUCUAUACAACAUGUUGAAUCUGCUUAUCAAAGUUUAUAUGCUCUGCAAGUUUUUCUUGAGGAUACUACAAUGGAAGCCAAAGAUAUUGAAACUCUCAAGGUUAUAGAAAAGAGGAUCAGAGAUGUAGUCUACAAAGCAGAAGAUAGAGUUGAUUCAAGCCUUAGAAGCGCUAUUCUAGCGGAUAAUGGAGAUAACCGAGAAAGGGCCUGUAGAUCCUUUUUUGAAGAAUUGCUAGAAGUGGAAAAAGAAGUUGAUUCUCUCAAGAAAGAGGUGAUGCUGAUCAAGUUUAACAAGCUUGGAUUCAAGUCAACAGAAGCAACUAUUACUUCUUCAUCAUCAAGAAGGUAUGCAACUGAUGACAGUACUAUUGUUGGGAUGGAGGAUGACUUCAAUACCAUAGUAGAUCGCCUCACCGCCCAAACAGAUGAGUUAAUUGUCAUACCAAUUGUCGGUAUGGGAGGUAUAGGUAAGUCAACUCUCGCUAGAAAAGUUUAUGAUGAUCUAUCUAUUCGUUCCCGAUUUGAUAAACGUGCAUGGGUCACUGUCUCUGAAAACUACAAUGAGAGACAAAUGCUUCUUGAAGUUGUCUCCUCAAUUACUGGAAGCAAUCAAGAAAUGAGCAACGAUCAACUGAUGGAGAUUGUGUUUAGAGGUCUGAAGCGCAGGAGAUUUCUAAUUGUCAUAGAUGAUAUUUGGAGUACUGAGGCUUGGGACCAAAUGCAAAGAGUAUUUCCAAAUGAUGACAAUAAAAGACGAAUUCUAUUAACCACUCGGCUAAAAAAUGUUGCUGAUUGUGCCAGCUGCCCUGAUUCUCCUCCUCAUGGUAUGUCUUUUCUAAAUUUCGGAGAUAGUUGGAUUCUAUUUACUGAAAGACUUUUCGGAAAAGAUCCCUAUCCUCCGCAACUAGAAGAAAUUGGGAAGCAUAUCGUAAAGCAAUGCGGAGGAUUACCUCUAUCAAUUAUUGUCGUUGUUGGACUUCUUGGAAAGAUGGAACCGACCCAUGAUAAUUGGAAGAAGCUUGAGGAAAAUUUGAACUCAUUCUUUGGUACGGUUUCUGAACAAUGUCAAGCAAUUCUUUCUUUGAGCUACAGUUACUUGCCCCAACAUUUGAAGGCUUGUUUUCUGUAUGUUGGAGGUUUUCCUGAAGAUAUGGAGAUUUAUGUUUGGAAGUUGACUAGGCUAUGGAUUGCUGAGCAGUUUAUAAAGGCAAGAUGCGAUAAAAGGUUAGAAAUAAUAGCAGAGGAGUAUCUAGAAGAGUUAAUUGAUAGAAGUCUAAUUUUGGCUGGUAAACGGAAGGCUAAUGGAAGAAUGAAAACUUGCAAAAUUCACGAUCUUCUUCGGCAGCUGUGCAUAAGAGAAGCUCAAAUUGAAAAUUUUGUACAUGUCAAGAAUGAGAAUGUCCCUAUUUUCUCAGAAGGAAUAAAUAAUGAACGGAGAGUGAUUGUGCCGCUUGAUUGUUAUAGGCAUGGGAGUGGUAUUAUCAGUACAAUCCGCAGCUUGGUUUUUACGAGCAUUAAUCAUUUUUAUAUUUAUGAGCGUCCUUGUUCCAUUAUCUCACAUUUUGAGCUGCUUAAGGUGUUGGAUGUAUCUUCAAUUAAGUACGAUUUCUCUGGUGUAAUACCUCAACUUGUACAUUUGAGAUAUGUUGCUGCAAAAAUAGCCAAAGCUCCUUCACUAGCCAAAUUGUGGAAUUUACAGACCAUAAUUCUUCGUAGUUUUAGCAGAUACUUGCAGCUCCCACUAGAGAUCUGGACAAAGACAGAGAUAAGACAUCUCAUUAUUGCAGGGUUUAUACCCAAUCCUCUUGAGGCAGAAAGUCAUGGAGAACAACCUUUGUUUCUCAAUAAUUUGCAAGUACUUGUUGUCAAGUCCUCUCAUUUUUUGGCAGAAAUACUAAGAAGAACUCCCAAUCUAAUUAAGCUAAAGAUUAUGUCUUUGAAACCCGUUGACUGGCCUGCUAUUCUUGAUUCUAUCAUUCUAUUACAACAGAUGGAGAAACUAACUAUAGAAGCACUACUAGGCUUUGACCCGAUGAUUCUCUCCCGGGAUUUUUUCCUGCCUAAUCUCAAGCAAUUGACAUUUAUUUUUACUUGUUUGGCAUGGGAAGAUAUGGGUGUGCUGGCUAAUUUACCCAAUCUUGAGGUUCUCAAAACAAAUCAUGCAUUCAGGGGAACAGACUGGAGACUAGAUGAAGAUGUUGUGUUUCAAAAAUUAAAAUAUCUACGAAUGAAGUCCGGAGAUCUGGAAAGGUGGGAAGCAGCUAGUGAUAAUUUUCCGAUGCUUGAGCAACUAAUCCUGAUUGAGCUCCUUAAACUGGAGGAGAUUCCUCAGAGUAUUGGAGAAAUAAUGACACUAAAAUUAAUCCACAUAGAAAAUUGCAGCUCUGGAGCCGCCAGUAGUGCAAAGAAAAUUCAACAAGAGCAAGAAAGCGAUGGAAAUGAUGAGCUUCAAUUUCAAAUUUUUAGGCGUUGGCCCUAUAAGGAGGAGGAGGAUUACUCAAGCUUGUAAGGAGCCCAGAGUUCUCGUUCGUCACCGAUGAGGUAGGCAGGGAGACGGAUCAGACCCGUAGGUGUUCUAUCAGCGAAUUCUCAGAAGCACUCCACUUGCUUCGGAGCUGCAGUCUAUUUGGUAUUGUCCUUAUGAUCAUUUGUAUUCUAUGUAGAGGCUCGUAGACGUGUGUGUACAGUUAGAUGUUUUAUAGCUCCACCGGUUCAUGUUGUUGUAUAAUAUAUUGGUGGCCUCGUUGGCCUUAUUUUGAGCUCUUGAUACUUUACUGUUAGCCUUGCCGGCUUUAUGAUAUACGUUAUGUUGUGGCGACCUUGUCGGUCCGCAUAUGAACAUAUGUGCUGAAUGAUAGG